CGACACUGCCAUUGAUACGAAGGACCCCGGCGCGUCUUUCGGCCUGACCACAGACGAGGCCAAGGCCAGGCUCGCGCGCGAUGGGCGCAACGUGCUCACCCCGCCGAAGAAGAAGUCUGCCCUGCAGAAGUAUAUCGACUGCCUCCUGACCAUGUUCAACAUCUUGUUGAUCUUCGCCGGCAUCCUCGAGUACAUCUUGCUGGGGAUCGCUUUAAGGAUCCUCAUCGCCGUCGCGUUCCUCAACGCCUUCAUCGAGUUCUUCCAGCUGCAGAAGUCGGAGGCGAUCCUCGCUUCGUUCCUGGCUAUGAUCCCGCCGUCGUGUCAUGUCGUCCGUGACGGGUCGAUCACGUCCAUUCCGGCCGCGGAUCUGGUGAAGGGUGACAUCGUGUUGUUGCGUAUGGGCGACAAGACGCCUGCCGACCUGGUCCUCUUCGCGGCUGCGGACCUGAAGGUCGACAACACACAAGAGCGCUUUGGUAAACCGGAAGGCAGCCCCCUCAGGCCAGUCGAAGCUGAGAAUUUGGUCUUCAACUCCACUCUGGUCGUCAACGGCGAAGGAUGGGGCGUUGUUGUGAGGACCGGAGACCACACGCUGAUCGGUCAGAUUGCGGCCCUCACCGGAGGCGAGUCGGGCAACAAGAGUCCUCUCGGCGUCGAGAUCUCCCGCUUCGUCAUGAUGGUUUCCUCCAUCGCCAUUGUGUUUGCUGUCGUGUUCUUCAUCGUCGGCAUCACCACGGUCUAUAAAGGCAAGGGCGCCGAGACGGUCACUUUUGCGGUAUCUAUCCUGGUGGCCUUCGUCCCGGAGGGUCUGCCCUCUGUCGUCACUCUUCUGCUGUCGAUUGCCGCGAAGCGUAUGGCUGCCCAGAAUGUACUCGUGAAGGAUCUACAAGGAGUAGAGACUCUGGGAUCCCUCACUCUCCUCGCCACGGACAAGACUGGUACUUUGACACGGAACCAAAUGACCGUCACGAACCUCUGGAGCGGAGGCAAGAUCGCUUCAGGCAUGCGCGAGAUGGUCGACAUCGCGGCGCUGAACUCGAGGGUCAAGUUCGACAAGACGGACGUGCCGUUUGACCAGCGCCAGAUCCUUGGUGACGCCACGGAGACCGGCCUUACGCGUUUCGCAGGGCGUCAGAUUGCCGAUUACGAUGACUUGCACAAGCAGCAUUCGAAGGUGUUCGAGAUCCCGUUCAACUCGUCGAAUAAGUGGGCUUUGGUCAUCCUGAACAAGCCGCAUGCGAGCGGUCGCUUGACGCUUUAUAUUAAGGGGGCUCCUGAGCGUGUUCUCGCCAAAUGUUCGACGUAUCUGAAGGACGGUCAGAUGGAGCCUAUGUCGGACGAGUUCAAGGCAGAGUACGACGAAGCUUACAACUACAUGGCAUCCCGCGGCCAUCGUGUCAUUGCAUGCGCGCAGAAGCUCCUCCCUUCAGAUCAGUACGACAUGGGCUAUGCCUUCUCAAAGAACGACGUCAACUACCCGAGCGAGGAGUACUGUUUCUGCGGUCUGAUCUCGCUGGAGGACCCGCCGAAGCACGGCGUUCGCGAGGCUAUCGGCACGCUCCGUCUUGCUGGUAUCAAGGUCAUGAUGGUCACGGGCGACCACCCGAAGACCGCUGAAGCGAUCGCGCGCAAGAUCAACCUCAUCUUGGGCGACACGAGGGAGACCCUAAGCGCGAAGACGGGUCGUCCGAUCGAGGAGAUCUAUGAAGACGAAGUCGACGCGGUGGUUGUGCACGGCGACGACAUCGACGGGCUGCAGGGUUGGCAAUGGGAUCAGAUUUUUGCCAAGAAGGAAAUUGUGUUCGCACUCAAACAUGCCCAGGCCCUCGGCCACAUCGUCGGAGUAACCGGCGAUGGCGUCAACGACUCUCCAGCGCUGAAGAAGGCUGACCUAGGAAUUGCCAUGAACAUAUCUGGCUCGGACGUGUCGAAAGAGGCUGCGAACAUGAUUCUCCUUGAUGAUAACUUCGCAUCUACCGUCAAGGGUGUCGCAGAGGGCCGUCAGAUCUUCGUCAACCUCAAGCGGUCGAUUCAAUACACGAUCUCGCAUAGUACACCCGAAGUCAUCCCGCAGUUACUCUAUGUCGUCGUGCCAAUCCCUCUCCCGCUGUCGGCUAUUCUUAUCCUACUAUCGUUUGCGUGGGACAAGCCGGAGACGGAAGACGGCCUGAUGCGAAUGGCCCCACGGAAGCCUGUCAAUGAGCGGUCAGUUAUGUCAUUGAAGAGGAAGGCCCUCCGUCGGACGAAGACCAUUCGGCGCGAUACAGAGACAGGCGAUAUCAUUCAGCCGAGUCGGAUUUCUGCCCUGACCUCCAAGUUCGGCACACCCUUCACUCGCGAGUUCUGGGAGGAUGCUACGGAACGGUCAGAAGACGAGUCUUUGGUGGACGGCAAGCUGCUCAGUUACUCCUAUCUGGAGGCUGGCGUCAUAGAGAUGCUCGGGGCACUUGUCGCCUACUUCGUGGUCUUCUACAAGAGCGGCUUCACACCGACUGACCUGCGAACCGCGCAAUCAUCGACGUCUAUCACCUACUUCACGGAAUCGAGUCCUGACUUCGUCAAUACAAGAGGGCAAGUUAUCGACGCCUCUCAGCAGGUUGAGGCCCUCGGGAAGGCACAGUCUAUUGUGUAUCUCUCGAUCUUCAUCAUCCAGUGCUUCAAUGUCUUCGCCGUCAAAGCCAAAUUCUCUUUCCCAUUCGGCAAGUCAAUCGUCGGGAACUACUACAACUUUGCUGGGAUCCUCGCGGGAGCGUGCCUCGGCAUCUUCGUUAUCUAUACACCCCCGCUGCACGUCGUCUUUGGUGGCUCAUAUCAUCUGUCGCCGCUUUACUGGCUGAUCCCUGUUGCGUUUGGCUGCUUGUUACUGGCCUGGGCUAGUAUCCGGGUGUUGAUCCUGAGGAAGGGCAUCGAGCAGUCGCGCGUGAAGGACAUCAAGGGCCUGAUGAUGUUCCCAACCAUGAGGACGAUGAGCAUGCGGUCAAAGCAUUGACGAAGGUAGUAUAAUGACAUUGAAGUCUUCACGAACGUUGCAUGUAUUACCAGGACGACCAUAAUGACGUGACGAACGGUGCAUUAUUUGGAAACGUCGUG